CCGCCAAACGGCAAAGGGGCUCUCCAGCGGAGACGUGGGUUUUGGGUCGGACUUCUUACCGGCUUGCAGCAAGAUGAGCGGUGGGAAUCACUCGCGGACCAGCCACCUCAAUGGGUGCUGCUGUGAAAUGCCCUGUAAGAAACGUGAUGACUAUUUGGAAUGGCCUGAAUAUUUUAUGGCUGUAGCUUUCUUGUCAGCUCAAAGAAGCAAGGAUCCGAGUUCACAGGUUGGCGCUUGCAUUGUGAAUUCAGAAAACAAGAUAGUUGGGAUUGGGUACAACGGCAUGCCCAAUGGAUGCAGUGACGACUUGCUGCCUUGGUCAAGAACAGCAGAUAGUAAACUUGACACGAAAUACCCCUACGUGUGUCAUGCUGAACUGAACGCCAUAAUGAACAAGAACUCUGCGGACGUGAAAGGCUGCAGCAUGUAUGUUGCCUUGUUUCCGUGUAAUGAAUGUGCCAAGCUUAUCAUCCAGGCAGGUAUAAAAGAAGUUAUCUUUAUGUCAGACAAAUAUCACGACACUCCUGAGAUGACAGCUGCACGGCGUUUGUUUGAUUUAGCUGGAAUUAUAUACAGGAAAUUCAAACCAAAGUGCAGUAAGAUAGUCAUUGAUUUUGAUUCAAUUAACAGCAGAUCAAGUCAAAAGCCUCUGUGAAAUACAUCUAAUUACAUUUCUAGAAGAUUGUGAUUAUCCUUUUCUGAGAAGUUGGGAAUGCCUUUCAUCUUGCAGUUAGGCAUCACUUUUUGAUAGCCACUACUGUAUGCGUCUGAAGCAUAUGUUGGGCUGACAGAAUUGUCACCCUUUGCCACACCCUUAAACUUUGACUUUCUGUACUUUUCUAAACCUAAAUGGAAUCUAUAAAUGAGACCUACACUUUUGUAUGAACCAUAAGAAAGCUGUCCUAUUUCUUAUAUCCAUUAUACAAUGUCUGAGCUGAAAUCCCAGUCCAAUAACCUAUGAGCAAUUGACUAUAGACGAAAACCCCUAUGGAAACCUUCAGUAACACAUAUGUAUAGGAUGUUUACUAGCCCAGAAGUUCAACAGAAAGCAUAACUAUUAACAAUGAUAAUGUUGACAUUCAAACAAUAAGCUAGACAUCUAUGUAACAGGCAGAAUAUUAUGUUGUGUGUGAUACCUAUGCUGAUACAUUACACCUUGGUAUUUUACCAGAUGUUCAUUUCUUUAAUUGCUUCUCUUGCUGCAGCGUAGCACAUGAGCAUGUGUUCAGUUACAUUUGAAGAAUGUUUUGUAUUAGAUGUAGUUUCAGAGUAGCUUUAAUUCCUUUUUCCCAACAUGCUUUCAGUUUAGGAAAGGGUAAGUGAAUAAAUCAUUUGGCUCUCACCAAUGGGACCCUGUUUGGAGCUGGUUUUAGUGAUUAAAAGGAAACUACUUUAUUGGUCUAAAUUUCUACUAGGCAGUCCACCAUACUCCAGUUCUGAGACCAUCCUCUGAGGUAUCUUAAUCACUUCUUUUCCUCAAAAGGAAAACAAGGAGAUUCAGUCUGUGUUGAGGCUGUACAUGCCAGAAAUCGUAAUUAUGGUUUUAGCUUGCUUUUCGUUGUUAAAAACUGGCCGUGUGCCAUACAUUUUGGAAACACUGACUAAAACUAGAUCCCAUUCAGUUUUUCAGUAUCUUUCUGUAUCUCCCUCUUCAAUCUUAUAGGGUUUUUAAAAAGUAAAUAAACCUAAUUGUGUGUUUAGAUGAUGUUUCAAAUCCCAAAGAUAUUCUUUC